GCAGACGAUUGUAGCGCGAGCUCUAUACACGUCCACGGUUGUAGCUGUUGAAAAUAAGGAAAACAUGAAAUCCAUAAUAACUGUGACAGCUGGAAAGAAUAUCAGCUGUGAGGUAUUGAACGUUUUCUUAACAGAGCAUACAACAGCGUGCCCAGUCAAGAUGAAGCUUUUCUGGCCUGGUUCAAUACAGACUGUAUGCAUCGUGAUAUUGUGAGGACGAGUACGGGUCACUCAGAACAAGAUUUCUUGGAAGGAUUCAUUUUCGAAGGAACCGAAGAUGAAAAGUAUGCGCACAGGCUCAGCACCGACACAAUUCUCCGUUUUCUCACUACAGUUUUUGUGACCAACAGAGAACAGAUCGCCAUCAGGCAGCAAGACAGUUCCUGACAAUACGUAGCAGGAAGAGGCUACAGCAACAACACCUGCAGUUUUCCAGCAUGCAGAACACAUCUCUUUAAGAAAAUGCUUUGUUUUAAUAAUGGAAACAAAGAGUAUUACCCACCUGCUGACAUUACUGUCUACUUUUCACAUCAUUACAGGUUUAACAUUCAUUCUCGAACCAGCUGAUGGAAUAGCAGCUAUACGAAGACCUUAUUUCCUUCACUGCAGAGCUGAAGAUACUUCUGAAAUAACUUAUUUGUGGCAGUAUGACAAUAAAGACAUCAUAUCAGAUCCCAAUGCAGCAAUCAUUACUGAUAAGACUGUCUACCCUAAUGGAACUCUUCAUAUCAGAAGUGUGAAAGAGGAGGACAUGGGGUGUAUACAUGCAUGGCAACUUCAAGUGGCAAGACAAUCAAGAGCAGGCAGGCCAUCCUGAGACAAGCAUACAUUGCUCCUACCUUUAGCAUGAACCCUCAAGAUGCAGCAGUUCAGCUUCACUCUGAAAUCAUUCUACACUGCAGGAUAGACAGUUUACCUCCAGCAUUUAUUAUGUGGCGACUGAAUGGCCUUGAUGUUGUCCCUGAAGUGUUUUUUGUUGGCACAACACACUAUGGGGAAACUUUGCACAUCAGCAGUGCUGGAUAUAGUGAUGCUGGGGAAUAUGUAUGUGUUGGUGUCAACACUCUUCUUGGAGUAAUACGUUACAGCACCCCUGGAGAGCUUCAGGUAGUAGGUAAACCUCAAAUAACCAGAGCACCACAGAAUUUGACAAGUUCUAUAGGAAGCACAGUUGUUUUUCAACUGUGCAGCCUUAGCAAGUCCAGAACCACAUUUACUUUGGCUCAAGAGUUUGGAGACAGGGAAUUCUGUACAACUGCAGAACUCCAGCAAUGUCACUAGCUUCUCAAAUGGAACACUUGUGGUGAGGAACAUCAAAGAAACAGAUGGGGGACUAUAUACAUGUAUGGCCAACAAUGAUUAUGGCAGUGACAGAGUCUUCGCCUAUCUGGAAAUUACAGUUGCUCCAAUAAUUUUUAAGGCACCAAAGAAUCAGACAGUGACUGCUGGAGAAAACAUUAACUUUACCUGUGAAGCUCAAGGCAACCCCACACCUCAUGUUGUAUGGCUGAAGAAUGGUGUGAGAAUUAAGACAGAGCUAACAGCUUUGGGAGUUUUGAUGCUGGAGAAGGUGACACUCAGUGAUGCAGGGGUGUACACUUGCCUAGCUGAGAGUCCAGAAGGACAGAUAUCUUCCUCAGUCUCUCUUAAUGUUCUGUUUGCCCCAGAAAUCGACUCCCACCCAGCAGAUGAGAUUGUUCUAAUAGGCUCAUCAUUCAGUCUUUCAUGUAAAGUAACUGGAAAUCCUGUGCCUUCCAUGCAGUGGAUUUUGCCAAACUCAGUGAUUCUUCAAAAAAUGAGCUUUUUUGAAAAUGCUACUGUUGAUCAAACUGGAACAUUACUGGUAACUGCAGUGACGCCAGAGUAUCAAGGUCACUACACUUGUUAUGCAUGGAAUUCCUUAGGCUAUUCAACGGCUAUUGCAUUCAUCACAGUUGAAGGUCCACCUUAUUUUAAAGUACAACCUGCCAGUCAAACUGUACUGCUGGGGAAUACAGCUAACCUGUCCUGCCAAGCUGGCAGUUACCCCAUCCCUACAGUGAGCUGGUUCCAUGGCGAUCAAGUCCUUCUGCCAGGUUCACAGAUUGUUAUCUCCUCAUUAGGAGAUCUGACAAUUCAUGAAGCAAGGUUAGAGGAUGGUGGACAAUACACAUGUGUGGCUGAAAAUUUCUAUGGUAGUCUCAACACCAGUGCUAUUCUGUCCAUACAUGUCCUUCCAGUUUUUGUGGUGGCACCCUCCUCUAUGGCAGUAACCUUUGGUCAGACAGUGACUUUAAAAUGUGAGGUGACUGGUGUUCCAACACCAACUCAAAAGUGGAUCAGAAGCGGAAGAACAUUACUUCUUGGGAAUAAUAUGAUCAUAAGACCUGACAACACCUUGGUCAUUGCAAACAUUACUCACAAAGACCUUGGACAGUAUACGUGCCUCGCUCGAAAUGAAGCUGGAGAGAAAAGUGCAACUGCUAGUAUCUACCUGCCAGGAUGGCCAUUUUUUGUGGCCAGUGAAAGAAACAUUACAGUAAACAUCUCAGAGCCACUUAACAUCUCCUGCCAUGCCCAACAGUCUGGAGAUGGAGAGGGUGUCAUCCAUGCUGUCCGUUGGUACCGAGGAUGCUGCAAUGCUGGCAAUGACACUCUGAUUCCUUGUACUGAAGGCAGUCUGAACAAUGAGACAGAUUCAAUCCAUAUCUGGUCAACGAAUCAUGGGGACCUUUACUUUCAGCAAGUGCUGGAAGCAGAUGAGGGCUGGUACUACUGUGCUGCUGACAAUGAAGGGGAUGCUGUAUACUCGGAUCCUGUCUAUAUAAAUGUUCAAGUUUCACCCAGAAUUACAAAUGUUACCAAUGUAACUCCAGGAAAUAACCAGACAUCACUGCAGAUAAUGUGUCUGGCUGUAGGAGAUCCUGAUCCUCUGGUGAUAUGGAGAUCACCCAUAGGUCAAGAGAGAGGUGACAGGACAGAUUUGGCAGAUGGAGUUCAAUCAGUUGUGAAGGUUACAAAUGUUAGUGAUAGUGGUCAGUGGAUCUGCAAAGCCUGUAAUAUCCUCGGCUGUGCCUUUGCUACAAUAACAUUGGAUGUAGAAGGUAGCCCAGUUAUCAUUGAUGUCCUCAGUGAAUCCUCUGAUGGGCACGUCACAAUUACCUGCCAGGUUGCUGGCUUUCCCUCCCCAGACAUAUACUACUACAUCUCCAAUGGUACUGAUGUCACUACGUUGCCUAGUCAUACUGUUGAGGCAGGGCACUUGAUGGUUAUGGCUAGUGCCCUGCAGGAAGCAUACACCUGUACAGCUAAAAACAUUCAUGGUGCUUCAUCACUACUUCUUACAAAACCUCUCACACAUCCAUGGAUAAUCCAUACAGUUUCAUCAGCAACAGAAAUAAGCUUGACUUUCAACAUAUCAGGAUCACUAGGCGCUCUUCCUCUGAAGGCCUUGUUGAUAGCCUACAAGCCCGUCUUGAAGAUGUGUGGACAGUAAGAAAUGUUCCUGUACAUUCUUUUAACGCCUUCAACUUCAGUGAUACCGGACAAACUCAGGGCAUCAGUUUGUUAGAUCAUGAAGUCAUAAUGUCUGGAGAUGGCAUUUCUAAAAUAGAACUGAACCUGCUAAUGCCAUUUAC